AUGCAUACAAAUAGGAAGGAAUCUCGCAACACCAUUCUGGGUGUGAAUACGGUGAUUAUAGAAGAGGAAACUUCUGAAUCUGGAAAGCUCGAAGAUGUCGAUUCCAAUGCCGAUAUUGGUGCAAGAAAUGAAUUUUCUGAACAUAAUGGUGAUAACUUUUCACCUCUUAUGGUAGAAAGAAAUGCUGAAAUCCAAUCUGGCGAACUCACCACCAGCAAUUCGGUGACCUCGUCGAACGUUGGCUCAUUUAGUAGUGUAUUCAACACAUUCAUAGGAUUUUGUGAUACUGAACAUCGCUAUAGGAAUGUCACAUCAUCUUCCCUAGGUUUAGAAGAUUCUUCUAAGCAUCUUAAUCAUGCUACAUCACCAUUGAGUACUCCUGAUGUAAAACUCAGUCCACGACAUAAAGUAAGGAGUAUGAACGAUUUUAAUGGGCGAUCAAACACCUGUACAGAUGUCACACCUUCGAACAAAUUCUUAGAAAGGGAAAACUUUAGCAUAGAUACAAGUUCUGGUACAGACUAUCGCAAGGAUCCUAAGAAUACAGCUACGCUUAGUUGUGCGGUUCUUUUAACAAAUCAAAAUCAACGUUACAAGGAUGACCUGUCGAAAAAGGCGAAACCACCGCCUUACCAACAUACACAGGCUCCUCCAAAAAUCAAUGGAAAAGAAACAUAUGGUGCGAUGCCAUCUUGUUAUGUACUCUCUAAGGAAAACGACUAUUUGCAUAAAUCCGGAAGAUUUAAGUCACAACCGAAUGCAGGCGUUGGCUUUGGAGUAUCAAGCUUUUAUUCUAAAGCUCAUAAUCGUAACUUGAAGCAAGGUAAUACAGAAGCUCAUUUAAAUGCAUAUAAUUCUAAAAUGCGAUCUGUGGGUGUCGGAAGUAUUAAAUUAACUCCAAGGCGCUCCAACAAUAUAUUUGCAAUUUUCCGUGGGCGAAGAAAAAUGAAUGUUCCGGAAAAUUUACAUACUCACUCCAUGGUUACAAUUGUAAAUAAAGGUGCUUCUAGUAUAUUUAUUUUAAAGGUUCAAAAUUUCUGUCGCAACUAUUUGGAUAUUAACCCAGAUUUUGGUUGGAGAAGAUUAGUAGACGACCAUAAAACCCUCCCCUUUUACGUUUGUAACAACACAGAAAGUGUCGAAAAGGAUGAUUUAAGAGGAUCUUGUAUAUUUUACAUUGAAUCAAAAAAAACCACUCAUGUGAUUACGCUUCAUGAACUAGCUAUAAAUAUAGCAUGCAGAAGUGUGAUACUUGCAAUUACACAUGGAUAUUUUGAUUUUAGCUGUGUGCCACGUUUUCUCUUCAAAUUCUUACCUCCACAUAUCUCUUCGAAUGUAGUACCAAAAUCCCCAACUCUACGCACUCAACCAAAGGGAUUUUAUCCACAGUUUGGAUUUCAAAGUAACCCAAUAAAUCAAAGACAGAGAAAUAACAAUUCUAAUCGCCAUUAUAGAAAUUCUUCGUCCCACUCAAGUUACAGGGGUACGAAUUACCGUGGCAAUAAUCCGAAAUCUGGAUACCACAAAAAUGGAGCAAACAUACAAUCUAACAACUCCAAUAAUAGGCUAAACAGAAGGAAUUCCAAACUUAGCACAGCAAGUAGCGGGGCACUUAGCAGAACUAGCAGCAUGGGAAGUAGUAAGAGCAUGAAUAGCAGAACUCUUCCGAAGCAUUACCAUUACAAGGGUGGAGUGGACUUUGUGGAUGAAGAAUGUGGAAAGGAUACAAUGUACUUAAAGUGUAAUUUUUUGGGUGUUUUUGUAUCUUCAUCGAUACAAAGGAACCUUAUUAGUAAAUCAUACAGAAAAAGAUUUGUAAGAAACUAUCGAUCGCAGCUUUGGAGACUGCAAAGUCCUGUGUUUUCCAGAUCUGAUAAUGCGAAAUCUGAAGAAAACUCCGAUGAAAUUUAUAAUAUAGUUCCAGUUCCAAACUAUGGUUGGAAACUUCUAGAGAAGGCAUCCUAUGAUACUGAAGAAGAAAAGAAAUCCAACAAGAAUACAAAAGGUCCCAUUAAACGGUUUUUAAGAAGGAUUUUUGGGCAGAGCAAACAGUUUAACUUUUCUUAUCCACUUUCACUCCUGUCAAAGAUUAAACCUCCUCAUCACUCUGACCCUAGCGCUUCGAUUAAUGUUGACAUCGCAUCUUUCGCAAUGAAUCUUGCUGAACAGUUAUAUAGAUUGGAAAUCGGGAAUCCUAAUAGAGAGAAACUUCCGAAGAAUACAUUUGGUUUCACCUUCGUGACCCCGUCGAAAGUAACGUCUCCUGAUGGGACGUGUGUGGAUAUAGUGCCGGAAGAAAUCAUAAUGAAUACGGCGUCAUUAAUUCACGAAAUAUACAUAACACAAACAUACCUAAUAAUGUAA